UCGACUGUACCUGAGGACACUAGUCAGCCGUUCAUUACGUUGGACUGGACGUUGUUUUAUGAAAAGAAUGCGCGAAGGGUCUUCAGGCAGCGACAGGGACAGUGCAGGAGCUAGAAAGCAUCUGCAAUGACAGACAUUCCCAUUCUCUCCGUCUUGGACAUCCCAGAGCUGCAUGCGACAAUUUGCGAGUAUCUGUCUCCGUACGACAUGGCACAGUGCAUGGCAACAAGCAAGCGAUUAUCGCGUCUAUUUACACCAUUCUUUUGGAGAGACAUCCGCUCACGCAAGACCAUCAAGAAUUUUAAUGGAAUUCGUCGAAACCUGCAUCACAUCCGGACUGUAGACACCCAUAGGCAGGAACACGAGUUUCUGGAGGUCCUCACCACUGGACUGGACGAGCCUUCGGCUUCGAGCGGAUCACUCGCCAGGAACCUGACAGGGAUCCUUACCAGCAUCUAUAGUAUUACCGAGGAUGCCCAUAAGGCCGCUUGGAAGAUUGCCACUUUGCUCCAACACAAUCCUGGCCUCACCCACCUGAAAGUCUCCACUGAACUCCUGAUAUGCGACGGGACAGAUCCAGUCUUUAAAGCGAUUUCGAAAUUACGACACCUCAAGUGUCUUCAUCUGUCCGAAACUUAUCCUCAUCUGUCGCCUGUGGCCAUCGCGCAUUUAUUGCUACGCUGUGUGCCGCUUGUCAGUUUAAGCGAACUACAAUGUGACUUUGAGGCGACCGACACCAUUGAGGAGGGCCACGAAGGCACCCCAGAACUAUUGGCAAUAUCGCCUCUGAUACUGGAAACCAUCUUGGAGAAUGCGACGGAAUUGAGGGCUGCAGGAGGGAGCAUCGGUAGCAAGAUCAAGAAUCUUUCUUUGCCACGGGUACCUAACGGAUAUACGGCCUCCUAUUUGUUCCCGAUCCUAAAAUCGGACCUCCUUGAGCUCGAGUCUUUUGAGAUACCGAACAUUGAAGAGAACUUUGAUGCCAAGGACCUGGAGAAUGUUGUUCGGAAGCAUUGUUCCAAAAUUCAGCAUUUGAAAUAUCCACCCUACUAUGACUACAUCCAUGAUCUUCAAGAUGACCGCGAAUACAAUGCAGCUGCCCGAGCUUUCAUCCGCGGUUGCACAGCCCUUCGCAGUUUCAGUUCUACGCGUUUUUAUGACCAAGACUACGAGCCGGAGGACGACGAGGAUCUGGAGGACGUCUACUAUCUGAAUGGCGAAUGCUAUGCGGAGCCUCGGAGAGUGGUCUAUACUCUGGCUCGGCGCCACGCGGACACGCUAGAAGAGCUCAAUCUUCCAUCAACUGGUAGGGUUUACAGUUGCGAUUUACAGGCCGUCUUGUCGUCGUGCAGGAAUCUCAAGAAGUUUGUUACGUCAGGAGCAGGCGGUUACGGAGUCAUGUUUGGGGGUAUCACGUCCCAGGAGUGGGUCUGUUUGGGACUGAAGGAGCUCGAUCUGUACUUGCAUAGAGGAGCCGAUGUUCAACAAACACUGGAAGCUAUGCAGCGAGAGUCUUUGGCUGCUGGAGAGCAGGGGCCUUUAGAAUAUACGGAGCUGGAGGUGUCAGAUAACAUGGAACAGGAUCCGAUGGAUGCGGGUGAACUUUCUAAACGCAACAAGCGUGAAGCUGAGGCGCGGGCGGGCAAGAAGCUGUACGAGCAGAUUGGCCGACUGAGUUUGUUGGAAGACUUAUCACUUGAUUGCAACUAUUUCGCUCGCGUCGAGUGGGAUCUCACUCUUUCCAAGGGUUGGUUGAUCGAACUGGCAGGGCUAAAGAGGCUACACCACCUAAGCAUAGGCAUUCAGUACUGGUACAGGAUGGGUCAAGCAGAGGUUGAGUUCAUGGAUGCACAUUGGCCGAUGCUGCGUACAGUCGACCUCAAGGGGAGGCGGGCUAUACAAUAUUGGACUCCGGAAGGAGCUUGGAGGUGUGAUCCGGCCCCUGCCUCGGUUCCGAAUUCUGACAAGCUGGAGGUGCCGCCUCACUGGCGCUGGUUUCAAACGAAGAGGCCAUAUCUGAAAGUGAAGAUGGAAUAAUGUAUAUAGUUGCAUUCAAUCUUAAUUGGUGGCAAACAAUCUCCCCACAGGAAAUAUAUGAAAUAUAUGCAGGAUGGGCCAUGCUGUGUGAUAUUCGGACGAACACUUCCCCAAAUACCGAG